GGCAGGGCGGUCUGGCAUCCGAUCGCUCGCGGGCUGUUUAACCAGCUGCCUCAAUAUAACCGGGACUUAGUGGGUCCCUUUCGAAGCAAUAUUUGAAGUACAUAAAUCUGGCCCAAAAGGCGAUGACCGUGAACUGAAUCCUCCGCACCUGCCCCCCUUUGUCCGUGAACAGCGAUGACGGCGGCGGGGGGCGCGAUGUGGAACGCGGCCACUGACGCCGCUGGGACUCGUUGGUUCCGCUCGUCCCGCGGAGUAAACAAAAGCCGCCGGGCUCUUUGCCAACAGCGCCGUGAACCUGACACUCGGGCAGCGAGAGAGAGAAAGCACACACACAACAUUUCUCAAACGCGUCCUCAUUAAUUAACGCGCACUUGUAUGAUGACGACGAUGAUGAUGAAUGGGCAGUCGCCCGGGUGUUAGAGUGUGUGCCCAGAGCCGUGCGAGUGUCAACAAAAACGCGAAGGCCGCCUACAUAUAUACCAACACGCCCGCGCCACGCCGCCCAAGCGUUGCGGCUCCCACCGGUCAGGACCUUCAACGGCGGCGUCGUUAAAGGCAACGGGCGGAGUUGAGCGGAGUGCCCUGGGGAGUUGAAGGUCAACGGGAAAGUGACACCUCUGACAUGUCGCACGCCACGGCUGUGAAAUACGCGUGGCUUCAGGGCCUACUGCUGACUUCAGCAUCACUGGCAGUGUCUCUGGCGCCGCCCGAUCGACUGAUAGCAGCUGCUCAGUCUGGCAUUGCACGAGGGCGUUCCUCCGGUUCUGGUUGUUUACUCCUGGCAAGUGACAUUGGAAAACAUGGCUCAGACAAUAAUCCCACGGAGUCCUCUUCGCCAAGGCCCCUCAGUCAACAUCUACCGGAAGGCCGCGAGAAACGCUCAACAGAGUCCAUCGGCCAAGGUUUCCUUGGUGACCAGAAGCAGACUUCAUCGGAAGCCAUCCGACAAGAAUCACCGGGAAAUGGCAAAGCGCCACUUCUGGGGUUAGAGAGCAACGACCCACAGAAUGUAUCGGCCGACAAACCAAAAAAUGUACCCACUGCCCAUCAGCCACGGUUAGUGGGCCGUUUGGGCCACGAUGACGAGCAACAGUCACCUGGGGCCAGGUGCCGGAAUUGUCGAGGCGGCGGAAGACCUGGCUCGAGACGCAUGAGGAGGAAGAGCGGCAAUGCCUUUGGGAAUGGGAAUGGGAAAGGGCAAGGGCAAGGGAAUGUGGGUAACGAUGGACAAAUCAACGUUCAAGGAUCAAACGGUAGUCGGAAUUCAACAACCAAUGACCAGUGGUGGAGCACAGCGGGCGAAGGUUGGACCCUGUCAGAUUGCUUGAUUUCCGUUGGACUCCAGUCGGGGUUUAUUCCAGAUUCGGCCUUCACGGCCACUUCAGAAGAUUCGGCAGCAGGGCUCGGGGCGACAUCGGCGAGGCUGAACAACGCUGCGGGGAGCUGGAGUCCCCGGCACGACCGGACCGGCGAGUACCUACAGGUCGACCUUGGCGUGUCGUUUCCCAUCAGUGGCUUGGUCCUGCAGGGUGCGCCCGGUAACAACACGUGGGUCACGGAUUUCCAGGUGGUUGUCUUGAGGGCAGAUGGAAAAGAAUGGAAGCCUCUUGACGCCAAAGGUGAAAAUCAGGUUUUUGCCGGGAAUGUUGACGGGACGACGGAGCGGAGUCUGCUCUUCAACACGACCGUGCCGGCCUCCGGCAUACGAGUCAUGCCAGUGGCGUGGCACGGUCGGAUUUCCCUGCGGCUGGAACUUCUCGCGUGCUCAAAGGCGCUGAAAACGCCCGAGAUAGAUUAUGAUCCGACGAGCGUGAACGGCAAGGUCAAAAUUACCGUCGCCAACUUGCCGGGUGGUCCCGUCUGUUUCCGAUGGGACAUGGGAAACGGAGAAAACCUGAUCCUAGGGCCCAUGUUUUGCAAGGACGGUUGCCCAUCGUGUCAAUACGUAACGCUGGACUACAAGUCCGGCUCUUUCCAGUUCACCUACAAGCAAAUGCGGAUGUUCACUGCCACGGUUAACGCGACCAACGUAAUAUCCAGUGCCAGCCAGAGCAUGAACGUGACCGUGAACAGAUUCGGCUGCAAGCUCGGUGCAGUGACCAUUCAGGACGACGCAAAGGCUGCAGAUGCGCCCAAGGUCGUGCGCAUCACGGACGGCCUCAGCCUGCCGGUGGACGUGCAAAGGAGUUGUGUGGUGUCGGGCAUGCGCAUGAGUCUCAAGUGGACGGCGCAGCAGAUCAAUCACACCCGGUCCUACUCUGGGAAUUCCAACACGCUCACCAUCGUGUUCGCGCCAAACCAGUUCCCUCUGGGCACUUACCAGCUGACGGUCACCGCCAUCAUUUCCCUCGCCGGUAUCCAGAGCGUGAGCGAGCCCGUUUUCCUCAGGUUCGAGGAGCCUCUGCUGGAUGUCCAGCUGUCUGGAGGCCACUACAGGUUGGUGGGCGAGGGGAGAGACAUCCUGGUGGAGGCGGUGUCAAGUUCAGGAGAUGCCGCAGCCGUGAGCGGCGUCGCCUAUGACUGGUUCUGCAAGACGAACGCCAUGCUCGAAUUCGCCAUGGCCAACGCCUCGGCCUGUGCCGGGGCGAAGGUCGUUGGGCGCAGAGUCUUUCGGCUGCCGGGGGCCUCCGUCGUGGCGAGCUCCAUAUUCUACGUGCGGCUCGUGGCGUCGUCGGGCAGCAGAGUGGUGACAUCCGAGCAGACGAUCAAUGUGACCAAAGGGACACCUCUGGAGAUCACCAUCAGAUGUUUGGAAAACUGCAACGAGAAGAUUGAUCCAACGUCGACGUUCUAUGCGGUGGCCCAGUGCUCCAACUGCACCAGAGGUGAAGACAUCUCCUACUCGUGGUCACUGAGGCAGUUCAACACGGACACCACGGCGUACGACAUUGACCAGGGCUCCCUUGUUCGACAAAGUGGCAUCGGCCUCAAAGUGAACGCGGACAGCUUGGCUGCAGGGGGGCGGUACGAGCUCACGGUCGAGGCUUCAGGGAUGAGAGGUCAAAUGGGGCAAUCGAAGAUGUGGACAUCAGCAACGCGCCCUCCUUACGGUGGCACCUGCGCUGUUCAACCCACGUCGGGUGUGGCUCUGAGCACUGCGUUCCAGUUCUCGUGCCAGGGCUGGCUCGGCGAUGAUGCGGCCGCGCCCUCGGACCUGCUCUAUCGCGUCGUGGUGCACAGCGGCGAGCGGCAACUUGUCGUUUCUCGCAGCAGCACCCGGGAGAGCGCGGCGCUGAUGCUGCCGGCGGGAGAAGCGAGGGGCGGUGCUGGCAGUGGUGGUGGCGCCGGCGAUAUCCUCCAAGUCUCCGUUUUCGUGUGCAGCCCGAUCGGCAGCUGCAGUGAAUUCCCCAUGGCAAUCGAGGUGUCAGCGCUGCCGCAAGAUCAGCUAGAGGUCACUCUGCGUGAGCUGGUGUCCCCGGGCGGGACUCUAGACACGCUCGUGGCCGAUCAGGACGUCCAGAGGACCCUGCAGCUGGUGCGUGUGGCAGGCGUCUCAUUGAGUCAGGACGUCUCACCGGGACACAAGCAACAAAUGACAUACGCCUUGCUGCAAGUGAUCUACAACGCCUCCUCCCAGAUCCACACGGCGAACGACGCCGUUGAGGUUUUAAAUUCGGUGCACGACUUGACGUCUGACCAGCAGGACCUUGACCUGAACUCACAGGUUGUGGCAGCGAAAAUCGUUGAAGGGGUCAUGAAUAAUCUGAAAAAUAGUUCCAGCACUUCAAGAGAAGACCUGUUGAAGAUUUCUCCUGCCCUGGUCGGCGUCGUCGGGGGCCUCACGGCGACGUCGAGCGACCGCGUCUCCGCGGCCGCCGCCGCCGCCCUCGACGCUGACUACUCCCCCGACAGCCUCGACAUGAACCCACAGGAAGCCGAGAGGUUCCGGCUCCAGCAGAGCGAAGUGUACCGCGAGCGGCUCGCCCAACAAACCCCGCAGACGAUGCAGGUGGUUGACAGUUGCAAGCAGGCAAUGGAUGACUUCACCGGCAUGAUGCUGGACGCCAUGGUGUUUGGGGAAGAGCCGAUCGUGGUCACGGCAAACAACCUCAGCGUCACAAUGGGCCUGAACACCCUCGGCAGCGUGCAGGACAAACAGUGGGACAAUGGCCUUACCAAUCUGAACGCGUCCUUCACAAACGUUUCAGAUGAACUCCUACUUCAGACGGCGAACAUACAGGUUCUUUCGUUUGACAAAAACCCGUACGUGUGGGACGCAAGUUCCAGAAUCAACUCUCCAGUGGUGCAGCUGAGCGUGAGCGCGGAGCAUAAUGGCUCGGGCGCGAGCGUUGUGGUGAGCCUACGAAACCGGGACGCCGUGCAGCCUAUCGCGAUGGCCGUGCCCAACUGCACCGUUGCCACCGACUGCCUCGCCAUCAGCAAGUUCGAUAUCGGCACGGCCGCCUCGGCGAUCUUCAUGAAGUUCACGCCGCCGCCAGCGACGGGCGAGCUCGAAUUGGACGUAUUCCUCAAGUUCAACGGCACGCCGUCCGCGAGGCCGCCCGACUACGACUUCCGCUUCUCCCUCCCCCAAGACGGGCAGUACUCCGUGUUCGUGCCGAGCGGUAGCGUCAAGGUCGGCGUUUACUUCCUGGGCCUCAGGGCGACCGGUAACUCGACCGAUGCAAGCAAUCGGAGAGCAAAGAGGGCGCUCACCAAUAACGUCACGGCGUCCAUGGCCAUGUCGCUCCACAGGCUGACCUGCAAGAUCUGGGACCCCGAACGUAACGUCUGGAUGACCGGUGUGGCUCAGGUGCACCCAGAUUCGUCGGCGGAGGAGACCGUCUGCGUGGCCACGUUGACCACGGGGGCCCUCGCCAGGGCCACCUUCGCCGCUGAGUUCUUCGUGCCUCCGAACACCAUCGACUUCACCACGGUGUUCGCCAAGUUCGACCUGAGGAGCAACGCGGCCGUUUUCACCACGGUCAUCGCCAUCCUGCUGCUCUACCUCCUGCUGCUGCUCUACGCCCGCAGGGCCGACCGCCGCGACAAAGACAAUUGGAAGAUCAGGCCCCUGGUGGACAACGACGACUCGCACGCCUAUGUGUACCUGCUGAGCAUCGUCACGGGCAUGCGGGCAGGAGCCGGCACCCAGUCCAGGGUCUACUUCACCGUGCACUUCAGCCUGGGCGACACGGGGACCCGCAUCCUGCACAAUGGACACCUCAAGGGCUUCAGCCGCGGCAGCACGGUCACGUUCGAGAUGACCGUGCCCUAUUACUGGGGCGAGCCCAGGAACAUCACGAUCUGGCAUGACAACAGCGGGCCCGGAGGGCAGGGCUCCUGGUUCCUACGGCACAUCCUCCUGCACGACAUCCACGCCAAACAAACGUUCGCAUUCCCGUGCGACCGCUGGUUGGCGGCGGAGUUUGAGGACGGACAGCUGUGCAGGGAGCUGCCGGUGGCCGGCUUCCAGUUCGUUCCCAGCACGGGGAUGGUGUUCUCGUCGACGGUGCAGAGCAAGAUCACCGACGACCACAUGUGGGUCUCCGUCUUUAUGCGCCCCACACGCAGCGCAUUCUCCCGCGUGCAGCGCAUCUCCUGCUGCGUGUCGCUGCUCUUCCUCACCAUGGUCACCAACGCCAUGUGGUUCGAGACAGGCCCCAGCACCGGCUCCGACAACGUCCAGAUUGGGCCCUUCACCCUCAGCCUCUCGGAGAUGCUCAUCGGCCUCAUGAGCAACCUCAUCGUUUUCCCCAUAAGCUUCGUCAUCGUCGCCGUCUUCCGACGGCAGACCUACAGCCCAGCCACGCUCCGCUUCUUCGAGACCCACGGCAAGGGGGAGGGUGACCCCGGGCCACAGAGAAAGCCGCCGCUGUGCCGCCGCAUCACGGCGACCGCAUUCUACAAGUUCGUGGCCUGGUCCCUGGUCUUCCUCUCCGUGGUGACCUCCGGCUUCUUCACCAUCCUCUACAGCAUGGAGUGGGGUCCAGACAAAGCCAACUUGUGGCUGCGCGUGUUUAUCAUGUCAUUCUUUCAGUCCAUCAUCAUCGUCCAACCCGUCAAGGUUGUAUGCAUUGCAUUUUUUGUGUCACUGCUGAUGAAGAAAAAGAGAAAACCGCUGCACAUCGACGACACGUUGGAGUUGUUUAAGGACAAAGCGGACACGUUCGAGUGGCCCAAAGCCGACGACCACUGCAAGCUUCCGACGCAAGCGGCGGAGCUGCCGAGCGCUGACUACCUCCCCGGGCCCCCACGGGGCGCCGCUUUGCUGGCGAUGCGCCGGGCACGUGAGCGGGAGCGCGCGGCGUGGGAGCGAGUGAGGCAGCUCAUCCUCUUCCUGAUGCACGCGGCGCUGCUCGUGUUCAUCACGUACCGUGGCAGGGACCCCUACGCCUUUCUGGUUCAGAAUUCUGUCCGCAACGCGUUCGUCCUCAACAGCUUCGACCACGUGACGGACGUCAGCUCGUUUUGGGAUUGGAUGCAGAACGGCUUCCUCCCGAACUUCUACCCCCACGCAUGGUACAACGGGGAGAGGAUGAGCUGGAGAGAACGCUACUACCUCCGCGACUUCAGCACAAUCCGCGUGGGACCUGGCAGGCUGCGCCAGAUCAGAUCCGUGCCGCAGCGCUUCAACGAUGUCAUGGGCUUACAGCACAAAGUGCCCGGCGGCGAUGAAGAAAUGACCGGCAGCUUUCUGGAAGGGUGGCAGAGUGCGAAUUCCACGAACACAUCGGGCCAGCGGAAUUAUUGGUCAUACAGCACCGCCCAGGCUUUACAAGGGCUCACGACAGUCGGAGACCUCGCGCUCUAUUCGGGAGGAGGGUUCAUCGCUGAACUGGGGUUGAACCUCGCGGAUGGCACGGAGAUCGUGGCCAACCUGAGCUCAGCUUCCUGGCUGGACCACAGCACAAGGGCCGUGCUGACCGAGUUCACCGGCUACAACAUGAACACAGACCUCUUCUGCUCCGUCACCCUCCUCCUGGAGUUCUCGCAAGGCGGUGAUGCGCAUGGGCACGCAUACAUCCACGUGUUUAGGAUAGAGAGCUUUGUGGGCAAAUUAGAAACCCUGACUGGCGUAGUUUACAUCGUCUUUGCCAUCCUGCUGGUGAUCAUUGCCGCCACGGAGGCCCUGCGCUUGUCUGAACUUGGCGUGGCGUACUUCAAAAGCUUUUGGAACAUCGCGGAGCUGCUGAGCAUCACGCUGGGUGCAGCCUCCGUGGUCACUUACUUCAUCAAGAUGAGCGUGGCCACGCGCACGCUUGAGAAGUUCAGAACGGAUCCACACAAGUUUGUCAACUUUCAGGAGCUGGUCACGUGGGACCAGCAGCUCUCGGAACUGCUGGCGACCCUCGUGUUUGUCAGCACCAUCAAGGUGCUAGGCCACAUGAAGUCCCUCAGGCAAUUCGAGGUGCUCGUCGGCGCCUUCUCGGAGGCGCGGGACCACAUCCAGGGCUUCGCAGUCAUCGUGGUCGUCGUUUUCUGCAGCUUCGGCCAACUCACCAGCCUGCUGUUCGCCGGCUCGCUGCGGAACUACCGCACGUUCACCACGUGCCUGGAGCAGCUGUUCUCCCUGCUCCUGGGUCAGCCGGGCUAUGGCGAGCUGUACGCGGCCAACCGCGUCCUCGGGCCUCUGAUUUACUUCGCCUUCACGUCUGUGAACACCUUCGUGAUCGUCAACUUCUCGCUGGGCAUACUCUCCGAGGGGUUCGUCAGCUUCCGAAGGGUCCUGCGGGAGCAACCGCACAGCUUGGGGUUGCACGAAGCGCUGUUGAGCAGGAUCAGGGCAGUGCUUGCGGCUGUCCCCGCCUUGAAAUGAUUUUUUAGGCCAAAUAAAUAAUUAAUGUCUGCCACAGACGACUUACGUACGUACGCAUGUUGAACUUCUUUCACGCAGAACGUAGCCGACCGUGUUAAUUGGAGGUGCGGGAGAAGGACAAUAAACUAAACACAAACAAGCAGUUCUAAAGAAUUAUUUAAAAAAUGCAUAUGUAAGCUAUUAAAUAUGUGACAAUUAUAAUAUCUACUUAUCUUAUCCCUAUAUCUCAUUGCUUUAUCUGUCAUCACUUUAUCUCUCAUCAUGUUAUAUCUCAUCGCUUGCUCUCUCAACACUUGCACACCCGUAACUUUGUCAUCGCAUUCUCUCUCUAUGCCAUCGUGUAGAGUUCCAGAUGCGAUUUGUGGAUAGCCAAAAUCGCAGAUAACAAGUUCGUGAAUAACGAGGGAAUACUCUAUACAUAUCAGGAGAUACCUUCGCUAUGCCAAACUUAGUGUCCCAAACUUGAUUUGGAACUUUCGUGACUGCAGGAAUUACUCUUUGGUUCUUUCGGUAAAGUCACAUAGAAAGAAAAUAAAUUAAAUAAUAGCAUACAACGUUUCAAUUGCAACACAAGCAAUCAUCAUC